UCUUUGUUGUUUGAGCUCAAAACCAAUGGCUGACAUUGGUUGCUUAAAUAAAUUUGGAUGAAACGUUCUUGAGGUUGAUAGUGUUUUUCUUGCUACGACACCAUCAUCAUGCCUCCCAAAGUGUCUGGUAAAGCAGCCAAAAAGGCUGGCAAAGCCCAAAAGAACAUCUCUAAAGGCGACAAGAAGAAGAAUCGCAAGCGCAAAGAAUCUUAUGCUAUCUACAUCUACAAGGUGUUGAAACAGGUCCAUCCUGACACUGGUAUCUCUUCCAAGGCUAUGAGCAUCAUGAAUUCAUUUGUGAAUGAUAUCUUUGAGCGCAUUGCUUCCGAGGCUUCCCGUUUGGCUCAUUACAACAAGCGCUCCACCAUCACGUCCCGGGAGGUCCAGACCGCUGUGAGACUCCUCCUGCCCGGAGAGUUGGCCAAACACGCUGUGUCCGAGGGGACCAAGGCUGUCACCAAAUACACUUCUUCCAAGUAAACUUUUGCCAUCCGCACCACCCAAUGUAAAGGCCUUUUUCAAGGCCAAAAAUUCAUUGCAAUGAGAGACUCAGGCAUCACACUAUUUGAAGUUGGUUGCACAUGGAAACAAAACACUUACAGGGGGAUUUUAUCACUUUUGACUACUUUUAGAACUGUGUAGUUAUUCAUAUGGAGAGGAAAGUUAACGUUCACACACAAACACACAAUUCUUUGUAUCAGGAACUUUUUGACACUAGUUUACUUGUCAUCCUCAAAUUAGGCGUUAUUUUGUUUUCAAAAAGAAUUUGAUCUGUCUUACGGAUCCUCAAUGAUCUGUGUCCGGGCUCAAUCCCUUUCCUCUUGGCACUCUCUUUACAAUCGGCCAAGUGCACUGAAAAGC